GAAACCCCACCCAAAUUACUUCAUAAUCCCUCCUCCAACAACUUCUCCAGUUUAUCACACUUUCUCCAAUCCUUUCAACACUUCUGCAAUUCAAGAAGUUAAUUAGAAAUAAUAAUAAAAUAAUAUCUUCUCAAGAGCUAUUGGAACAACUUACCUCCAAAAUCAUGGCAAAUCACUCCGUUAUUCGUAUUGCGAAGGAGUUGGCAGACAUUCAGAGAGGUCCAGAUCUAUCUCUCGCAGUUGCUUGUCGAGAUAUCGACGUUCGAAGCGUGAAAGCAAUCAUAAUCGGUCCCCCAGAUACACCUUACGAAUUUGGUUUCUUCGAUUUCGGCGUUAGAUUUGGAAAAGAUUAUCCCACAAAAGCACCUAGUGUUAUUGCGACAACUACGAAUGGAGGAAGAUGUCGUUUCAAUCCAAACAUUUAUGCGACGGGCAAAGUUUGUUUAUCAAUUUUAGGUACCUGGCGAGGUGAAAGAGGAGAAGAGUGGUCAUCGGCACAGGGACUUGAGUCAAUCUUAAUAUCAAUUCAGAGUUUAAUGUCGAGCAACCCCUACGAGAAUGAACCUGGUUUCGAAACGGCGAAUGAUGAUCAUGACAGGAAAAAUCAAAAAGAUUAUGCUGCAAAGAUUCGUCAUGAAACUCUACGAAUUUCAGUCAUUCAACGUCUUGAGGAAUACUUGAACAUCUCCUCAACAGGUGCACCUCCACCAUACACACCACCAAGCGAGGAUAGCGACAGCGACUUAGAUCGAGACGUACUUGACGAUUCUGCCGUUGCAUUCGAACCCUUCAAAGAUUUUUGCAAGCGCAGAUUCUUGUGGUACUAUGAUUCGUAUUUGAUGGCUGUAGAGAAGGCAAGAAAAGAGGUUAAAGAUCUUCAACCUUUUGCUCGAAUGCCCUUUGAGGGUGGCGGAAAUACUAUGGAGGGAAAGUUCGACUACACUGAACUUGAGAGACGAUUGAGAUUCAUUCGUGCCAGUUUGGAUGCUGAGACGGCUCAUUGGGCUACCGAAGGACUGUUAUCACAGAAGAAGGAAAGUGGCGUGGCAGCAAAUCUUCAACGCCAAUUCGAACAAGUGGUUGAAGCAUACAAGAGGGAUAAGUCCGUAACUCUGGACGUUGAACUGGACAAUAAGAAUCCUUUCGUAUGGAACAUUACCUAUUUCGGUCGUCCCAUGACCAAUCUAGAUGGCGGAUUGUUCAAUAUUAAGCUUUACUUCAGCCCAAGAUUUCCAGAAGAGCAACCAAGAGCCAAAUUUCAGACACCUUUAUUUCAUCACCGGAUUGGACUUGAUGGAACACCUUGCUAUACUUCCAAACGUCCUGAUGAUGCAAAAUCUCAUAUCGAGUCUAUCAUUGAAGCUUUGGAGGAAGUUUCACCGCCAUACGAUCCACGAACAUUGGUGAAUGUGGAAGCUUCCAAACUCUUCUGGGGAUCAGUGGAUGAUAAGAAGAAUUAUAAUCGAAAACUUCGGAGGUCGGUCCAAAGUAGCAUGGAGUAAGUUUGUUUUUGAACCAGACUUUAAUGCCGUACACUAUUUCGAACUCUUUUUAAAUUUCCGGAUGUCAAAUUGUCUUUUUUUUUUAUUAAAUUUCAUAUCACGGCCUCUUUUAUACAUUGCAACGAACCUAUCGGAAUUCGGCUGCCUAAAUAUUGGCUUGGACAAAUCAUGGCGUAAUUUAGCGGGAGUUUCCUUCAUCAUGUUCUCUAUAUGCUGGCUGGUCCCAGAGGGUUUAUCUUCAAAUCAAGAGGCCUACUUCGACUUCUAAUAGUGAGUUUGGCUAAUCGAAUUGAGCUGGGUUGGUAUGGCUGGGAUUCGAAGAUAUGGUAUGGUAUGGAUUGGGGGGUUUAUGAUAUCCGUGUAUUGAUUCGGGAUUGGCGUUAUGAAAAAAUAUUGGUUGGGCAAUGGGGGGAAGGGAAGGGCUGGGUUGCUAUGGGAUAUGAUGGAUUGUCUUAUCUGGCUUUUUCUUUUCUUUGCUGUUCCUCGAAGAGAUGAUGGGGUUACUUGAAUCAUGGUCGGAUUGUAAUAAUGCUGCAAAUAUAAAAGGAGAACAAUAAGCGAGAUGUCAGAAGAGAUUGAAAACGGAGUCAACAGAAACAGAUAUUAGUAAGAGAGCAUAAGAGACAAUAGGACACGAGGUUAAAUAGUUGAGGUUCCA